UCCACUCCAAUCGACUCCGACGCUCUUCACUCCGACCGACAUGCGGCUCUUCCACCACUUCCUCGUGUCCGCAUACCCGCCCCUUCCCAUCCGAGGCGACGACGUAUGGAGGGAUGUUGCUCCCCUCUCGCAUACUGUCAGUUAUUCUCCCGCAGCUUCCUUCUUGCUUUGGAGCGCCGAUGCGGUGGUGAGGUAAUGUAUCGUUGCUGAUCUGUGCUCUGCAGUACGACUACCUGAUGCACGCCAUGCUGGGUCUAGCUGGCUCACACCUCGGUAUUCACGGCGCCGACUAUUCCUCCCGCGCACUGUUCCACCGCGUCAAAGCCAUCCGCCUUUUGAACCAGGCGCUGAGCACCCCGGCAGCGUCCGUCGCCGAAGCAGACGCCCGGUACGCCGCCACCUUUGCCUUGGCCUGGCAAGCCUCGUGCAUGUCGGAGGGCAUGACCGAGUUCCUGCUCAUGAUAAAAGGUUGCCAUAUCAUUCGCAAUGCGUCCCUGCUACGCUACAAAGACUCGCUCUUCAAGGCCUUCGCCCAGGAUGGUUACGGCGAGAGCAUCAGAAAAGUCAUCGGAACCGCCCCGCUCACCCUCACCCCGGACCAAGAGAACAUCAUCCGGGAGUUUCUCGAGUCUCUCCACGCCCUCGCUCCGCUCUGCACGAGCCCGCUAGAGGUUAGGUUCCUGGCCGCGACCGAACGAGUAGUGAAGAUCGCAAGAGUUUCAGCAGCCCAAGCCUUUGCCCAGUUUUCGGAAAACUAUGCCCUCAUUUUCCUAGCGACAAACGAGGAGUUCACCUCGUUCAUUAAUCCCGAUCACUAUCCGGCCCAGCUCCUCCUCAUCCACUUCAUACUCAUCGAGUUCCAAAUUGGCUACCUCGCCCUCGGCGAGGCCGGUCAUCGCUUCGCCUUCCGCACGAAAUCGUGCAUCGCGUGGAUGAACCACCUCGCCGCUCGACUGCCUGAGGAGUACAGAAAGUACGCCGAGUGGCCCAUGAAGUAUGUUCGGACCCUGCAGGCCGGUUGAAAGGUGCCUCUCUAUGCCAAGUUCAGGGGAAACCCUUCAUCGAUAAGACGCGAAGGACGCCCCCCUUCAAUCGCCACGACCACGAGGUCCGCUCGGUCCAAACCCCCUCACCAUCUUUUCUUCCGUGCUCUUGCGAGAGCCA